AAAGCAUUUUAUUUGUCUGAAAUAAAUGAUCCUGUCCAGGUGCUUUUUUUAAACGUUAAGUUCUUGUCUGUUUUAUUUUGCAGAGUACUCCCUCACCCAGCACAAACAGCACAACUGGAGUAUUAAUGUUUCAGGAUGUGUGGGGCCGUAGUUUCUGCCGGACCAUAGAGAAGCUGGUGGAGGUGGUCCAAGAGUACCCUGGGGAGGUGGAGCACAUCUACAGCCCCUCCUGUGUGCCCCUGGUGCGCUGCGCUGGUUGCUGUGGCGAUGAGAACCUGGAGUGUCAUCCUACUCGGACCUCUAAUGUCACCAUGCAGCUGUUGAAAAUCAAGCCAGCGGAGCAGGGUCAAGAAUACGUUGAGAUGACUUUUGUGGAGCACCAGACAUGUGAAUGUAGAAUCAGGAAGGCUGUGGUGAAAAGUGAAAGAAGGAGACAGAGAGGGAGAGGAAAGAAAAGAAAGGAGAGACAGAGAGCGAAAGCUUGUGACAGGUGUCAGCCCCCUCGCAGGUAACUGCAGGAGCAGCCCUACACCUGUUGCCACCGGCAUCUCUAUUUAUUCCCUGCCCAGCGCUAACAGUAUCAAGAGUCUUCAAAACAAACACAUCAAUACUGUGUGUCUCCAUGCACCUAGAGACUCAAGCAGCUGGGUUGUUAUGGUGA